AGUUUCGUUGACAGUUCUGUAGCUCCACGUCAAAUAAAUUAAAGGAAAAACAUUAAUCGACUGGGGAAUUUUUAAGCCGCUAAUAAAUCUUAUUAAUAAAUUUUAUUAAUUAUAAAUUAAUUUGUUUAAAAAAAGUGAUUAAAAAUGGUCAGUUUAAUUAAUACUAUUGACACCGGUCACGAAGAUAUGAUACAUAAUGCCAUACUAGAUUAUUAUGGUCUACAUUUGGCAACUUGUUCAUCGGAUGGUUCUGUGAAAAUAUUCGAUGUUAAGAAUGGUAAUCAAGUGUUAGUGGCCGAUCUUAAAGGUCAUCAGGGACCAGUGUGGCAAGUAGCAUGGGCUCAUCCCAAAUUUGGCAAUAUGUUGGCAUCAUGUUCGUACGAUCGCAAAGUAAUUGUAUGGAAGGAAGGUAGUGCCAAUGAUUGGACUAAAAUCUAUGAAUACAGUAAUCAUGAUUCUUCAGUUAAUUCCGUGGCCUUUGCUCCGGCAGAGUAUGGUUUAAUGUUAGCCUGUGGCAGUUCGGAUGGUUCAAUAUCGGUAUUAAGCUGUAACACGGAGUAUGGUGUAUGGGAUUGCAAGAAAAUCCCUAAUGCUCAUACUAUUGGCUGUAAUGCGGUAUCUUGGUGUCCCUCGACUGUGCCAGAGCCAGCAUUUGACCAGAAGUCAUCAACACGUACUUCUGGUAUAAAACGUUUGGCUAGUGGUGGUUGUGACAAUUGUGUUAAGAUUUGGCGUGAAGAUAAUGAUCGUUGGGUAGAGGAAAAUCGUCUAGAAGCUCAUUCUGACUGGGUGCGCGAUGUUGCUUGGGCCCCCUCCAUUGGUUUGCCUCGUUCUCAAAUUGCUUCUGCUUCGCAGGAUCGUCAUGUUAUCAUUUGGAAUAGCACCGAUUUUACCACAUGGUCACCCACUAUCUUACACACAUUCGAUGAUGUAGUGUGGUCGGUUAGUUGGUCAAUGACCGGUAAUAUUCUGGCUGUAACUGGAGGAGAUAAUAAAGUUACUUUGUGGAAGGAAAAUAAUGAGAAUCAAUGGACUUGCAUAAAUGACGAUGCUUCAACAGGGGGUGGUGCUCAACAAUCAGAACAGAGAACACUUUGAAUAUCUUUUUUUUUUGAUUCUCCCGCAUUUCUUAUCUCUCAUUUGAUAUUCCAACUAUGUUAAGUUGUCAUGUUUGUAAAACAUCUAUGCAGCAUUCUGAAGCAAACAUCUCAAGAAUAAGCGGCAUGAGUUUUUUAUUAUUAUUUUUAUUACGAAAACAAAAAGUAAAAUUGUAGAUAAGAAAUUGUUCUACCAGCGUUCGAGAACGUUUUGUCUAGUUCUACAUUUAGUUUAAAAUAAUUAAAAAACAAAAAGAAGGAAAUCUGUUUAUCAUUCUUUUUUUUAAAGCAUUCAACUAUAUUAUUAAUAAAUGUUACAUUAAAGUAUA